AAUGUCGUAAAUUAAGAGAUAUUUAAAUCUAUCAUAACUAAAGAUAAAAAAAAAACAAACUAUCUCAUCACAGCUGUAGCUCAGUAAUUAAUCGCAAAUUGGGGACCUGUUUAGAUGCCUUUGUAGGUACGGCAAAGGUCUGUAGCGGGCUGAAGGGACAUGCCAUAUCACGUUGAUAUGAUGUAGCGUGUAGAUGUAAUGCUUAAAGGUUCUCGCAUUGGAGUAACCAGUGAAGAACAUCGAAGAAUCAACGCCAAGAAGGAAGAAAUAUUAUUUACAUAUAUUUAUUCGUUUGUCCGACAGGUAGAAAGACAGCAGUAAUUGUAGUGACAGUGAUAAAAAGGUUGGCUCGCCUGUUGGUAGAUGAUAGUGUGGAGGUUGCUGUUUGCCAGUAGAGAGUGAAAGAGUAAGGAAUGCACGGUGCUGACGAGAGAGGAAGAAAGGAUAAAGGGAGCAUCGUCUUUCUUGCGGCCGAAAGCUUCUCUUCGUAUGUCGAGCGAAGGACGAAGGGAAGUGCUGCUCCUUGGUCACGACUGACACAAAAGAGGGAGAGAUCGGAAAUGCUCCCUGUUAUAUAGACUAUGGUCGGUAAUGUAGGUCGAACCUUAAACAAAGGACUGACCUUUCCUCUGUCGAUCAUCUGGUGUGGAGAUGCAAACGAAGGAUUUCCCGCUUUUUUUGACAAGCAACAAGCGGGUGGAUUUGGUUCCAGAUCUCAGGCAGGGCCACGUGAAGUCCCUACAGGCCGAAACAGCUUGGCACCAGCUUCUACAGCUGAGUGAACGGGAACAACGUGAAAUAAAGUGUCUUGCUCAAGAACACAACACACAACGCGGUCCGGGAAUCGAACUCACUGACUCCCGGUUGAGAGCCCGAUGCUCUAACCACUGAGCCAUGCGCCUUCAGUUUAGACAGUAACCAUGGUGAUAUUCAAUAAACUAUUAUGUUCUCCCUUUCGCUUUUGUGUCAGCUGCACCCUUUGUGGUUUUAUGUAUUAAAGAGCCUAAGUCACAUGACGCAUCUUACUUCCGGUUUGUUCCGUUUUCUCAACUCUUUGGAUCCAAUUUAAAGAAUAAACAAAGAUUUAUUUAUUUAUUGCCGUAACAGAGUACCAGAGGAUAUUUAGCAUGAAAGAAGAUUUUACAUCAAACACAUCAUGAAUAUAUAUAAAAAUAUAAUCUUUAAGAUGAAAUUUACAUGCUACACAGAAGGAAUAUUACCCUGUUUAUAUAAAUCUCUGGGUGUGUGUGAUUAUUAGUAACAUUUCUGUACUUUACUGCAUGGAAUGGGUACAGGAAAACCAAUCCUGCAUUCUAACUAAAUCUGGAUUGCAAAGGAAUUUGCAGCACCCUCAGAUAUUGACAAUGAUUACAGUUGAUGGAAAUAUAGCAAUACAACUGAGAAAUAGAAAAAGAUAAGAGAGAAAAACAUUUGAACAUUGUGGUGAGAGAAGAAAAAAUAAUGGAAAAUGAAUUAUGUGAGAAUGAGGUUAAUUGUAAAACACAGUCUUUAAAGAUUGAUUUUACUGAAGAUAUAACAAAAGAUGAAGAAAAAACAUCAUUUCGCUGUGAUAUCUGCAACAAGUCUUUUCUAAAAAACGAACAGACUAUUCACAAAUGUUUUCAUACAAGAGGUGAUCCUUAUCACUGUGACAUCUGUGGUAAAUCAUUCUCUGAAAAGGUUCAUUUGAUUACACAUAAACGCAUUCAUGCAAGCGUCAAGCCAUAUCACUGUAAUAUCUGUGGUAAAUCUUUCUCUCAGAAUCAUAGUUUAGCUAUUCACAAAUGCAUUCACAUUGUAGUUAAGUCAUAUCAUUGCAAUAUCUGUGGUAAAUCAUUCUCUGGAAAUAGUGACCUAACAACUCACAAACGCAUUCAUACAGGAGAGAAACCAUAUCAGUGUGAUAUCUGUGGCAAAUCAUUUUCUCAGAACCAUCAUUUAAUUACCCACAAGCAUAUUCACACAGGAGAUAAACCGUAUAACUGUGAUGUCUGUGGUAAAUCAUUUUCUCAGAAAAAUAAUUUAACUAUUCAUAAACGUAUUCAUACAGGAGAUAAGCCAUAUCACUGUGAUUUGUGUGGUAAAUCAUUCUCUCAAAAUCACAGCUUAACUACUCACAAAUACAUUCACACUGGAGAGAAACCGUAUCACUGUGAUAUCUGUGGUAAAUCAUUUUCUCAAAUAAAUAACUUAAUUACUCACAAGCGCAUUCAUACAGGUGAGAAACCCUAUUCCUGUGAUAUCUGUGGUAAAUCGUUUUCUCAAAGUUAUGACUUGAGUAAACACAAACGAAUUCAUACAGGGGAGAAACCAUAUCACUGUGAUACUUGUGGAAAAUCAUUUUCUCAGAACCAUAUCUUAACUAACCAUAAACGUAUUCAUACAGGAGAGAAACCAUAUCACUGUGAUAUCUGUGGUAAAUCGUUCUCUCAGAAUGUUGUGUUGACUAAACAUAUGCGCAUUCAUACAGGAGAGAAGCCAUAUCAUUGUGAUAUUUGUGGUAAAUCAUUUUCACAAAGUGAUGUCUUAACUAAUCAUAAACGCAUUCAUACAGGAGAGAAGCCAUAUCACUGUGAUAUUUGUGGUAAAUCAUUUUCACAAAAUCAACAUUUAACUAAACACAAACCGUUCCAUACAGGAGAGAAACCAUACUACUGUGAUAUCUGUGGUAAGUCAUUCGCUGGCGACUUGAAUACUCAUAAACGCAUUCAUAGUGGAGAGAAGCCAUAUCACUGUGAUGUCUGUGGUAAAUCAUUCUCUUUAAAUCAACAUUUAACUAAACACAAACUUAUUCAUACAGGAGGGAGGCCAUAUCACUGCAAUAUCUGCGGAAAAUCAUUUUCACAGAGCGAUGUCUUAAUUAAACACAGACGUGUUCACACAGGAGAGAAGCCAUAUGUGUGUGAUAUCUGUGGUAAAUCAUUCUCUCAGAAUCAUACCUUAAUUUCUCACAAACACAUUCACACAGGAGAGAAGCCUUAUCACUGUGAUAUAUGUAAAAAGUCUUUCUCUCAAAAGGCUAACUUAACUACUCACAAGCAAAUUCAUACAGGAAAGAAAGCACUGUUUACGAAUUCCCUAUCGGUUAAAAUGGAAGACGUUAAUCAGUUGGACACUUCUGGUAAGACAAUUCUUAACGAUGUAGAUUCGGUUGUGCAAACAUACGAUGACGAGAAACCUUUAUAUGGUGAAACAGUUAUUGAACAGAAAUCAAUACAGAGAAAUAUUGGUGAAUAUAGUUGUGAGGUUUGUAAGAAAACAUUUCCUUCACAACACGAAGUCUUCACACACAAGGAAACACACAAGAAGAAGUUAAAACCAUAUCGGUGUGAAAUUUGCGGCAGAUCAUUCAAGCAGAAUUCUCAUCUUGUAGUUCACAAAAGAAUUCAUACUGGGGAAAAGCCUUUUGGCUGUGAAAUAUGCGGGAAAUCAUUCAUUAAGAAACUGAAUCUUGUCAUUCACCUCCGUAGCCAUACAGGCGAAAAACCCUUCCACUGUAAAAUAUGUGGCAAAUCUUUCGUCUCCAAGAGUAAUUUAGCAAGGCAUGAAAGAAUACACACUGGAGAAAAUCCGUUAAACUGUGAAAUAUGUGGGAUAUCUUUUCAUCAUAUUAAUGAUUUAACUACGCACAAAGGAAAGCACAAUGGAAAAGAACCAUUUCACUGUGAAAUAUGUGAGAAAUCUUUCGUCUCUAAUAAUCAUUUAAUAAGGCACCGAAGGAUACACACUGGAGAAAAACCUUCUUCUUGUGAUAUUUGUGGGAAAUCUUUUCUUGAUAGAAGUAAUUUAACAACUCACAAAUUAAUACACAGUGGAGAGAAACGGUUUCAGUGCAAAAUGUGUGGAAAAUCUUUUACCCAAAAUAAUCAUCUUGUAGUUCAUAAAAGAAGACAUACAGGAGAAAAGCCUUAUCACUGUGAAAUCUGUGGGAAGGCCUUUGUAUCUAACAGUGAUUUAAAAACACAUAAAAUAACGCAUACUGGAGAAAAACCUUUUCAUUGCGAAACGUGUGGAAAAUGCUUUACUCAGAAGUCCAGCCUUGUUGUUCACAGAAAAAUACACACUGGAGAAAAGCUGUUUCAUUGUGAAGUGUGUGGAAAGUCUUUCAUUAAUAAUUUUAAUUUUGUUAUCCACGUCCGUAGUCACACCGGAGAAAAACCUUUCCAUUGUGAAAUUUGUGGAAAGUCGUUUGUCUGUAAAAGUAAGUUAGUGACACACAUAAGAACACACACUGGAGAAAAACCGUUUCACUGUGAAAUCUGUGGGAAAUUUUUUCUUGAUAGUAGUAAUCUAACAAUACACAUAAGAAUACAUACUGGAGAAAAGCCUUAUCGUUGUAAAACUUGUGGGAAAUCGUUUCUUAAUAGUAGUAAUCUAACGACUCACAAAAGAAUACACACUGGAGAGAAACCUUUUCAGUGCGAAAUUUGUGGAAGAUCUUUCCGUGACAGCCGUAAUUUAACACCUCACAAAAGAACACAUUUGAGAAAAAAAGUUUAACUGAAAUUUGUGGAGAAUCUUUCCGUGACAGCCGUAAUUUAACACCUCACAAAAGAACACAUUUGAGAAAAAAAGUUUAACUGAAAUUUGUGGAGAAUCUUUCCGUGAUAGCCGUAAUUUAACACCUCACAAAAGAACACAUUUGAGAAAAAAAGUUUAACUGAAAUUUGUGGAGAAUCUUUCCGUGAUAGCCGUAAUUUAACACCUCACAAAAGAACACAUUUGAGGAAAAAAGUUUAACUGAAAUUUGUGGAAAAUCUUUUUGUGGUAGCUGUAACUUAACAAGUCACAAAAGAACACGUGAGAAGAAAAAAAUUGUUUAACUAAGAAAUUUGUGGAAGAUAUUUUCAAAUCAGCCGUAACUUAACAUCUUACAAAAGAACACAUGUGAGAAAAAAAGUUUAACAAAGAAAUUUGUGGAAAAUCUUAUUGUGACAGCUGUAACUUAAUACCUCACAAAAGAGCACAUUUAAGAAAUUUGUGGGAAAAUUUGACUCUGAAAUCCCAUUUUGUAGUUUACAAAAAAAAUUAAAAAUACAUACCAAGAAACCUCUACCUCAUCACAUCGACACAGUAUUUACUUCACCAACUCGAAGCAAGUUGGUAAUAUCAUGUAAUGGAUUUCCUUGUGUAUACAACACAUAAAUGCAAAUGUUGAUUAAAUAAAUUAAUUAAACCACAA